AUGAGUGAAACUUCAUCUAUUGCAAAGGUCCCAGCCCAUUUCCGUCAUUCAAGGGUUGACUCGGAUGUUCGUUUACCCCAAAAUAUCGCCCAUCGAGGAUUUAACGGCCAAUAUCCUGAAAACACCAUCUUGGCAAUCGAGAAAGGAAUUGAAGUAGGCGCUCAUGCACUUGAGAUCGAUCUUCACAUCUCCCGCGAUGGUGUCGUGGUACUUUCACACGACCCAAGCCUCGAACGAUGCUAUGGUGUGAAAAAGAAUGUCGGAGAUUGUGAUUGGGAAUAUCUGUCGACCCUGCGAACCUUACAGGAACCUCAUGUGCCUAUGCCCCGGUUUUCCGACGUGUUAGAAUACCUAAGACAACCGGGUCGAGAGCAUUAUUGGAUCUUGCUUGAUAUCAAGCUCACCAACGACCCGGACGCCAUCAUGAAAGGAAUCGCCAAGACUACUGAAUCAGUACCUAUAGCUGCUAUCGGACCCGACUGGCACCGCCGUAUUGUAGCCGGCACCUGGAACGCACGGUUCAUAUCUGCUGCAGCGGAGCACCUGCCUCGCUACUCACUAUCACUCAUUUGUGCAGACCCAGCCUACGCACGUCAAUUCCUGGAGGUCCCCCGUGUGUCCUUCAACAUCAACCAGAAUGUCUUGAUGGGUCCUUUAGGCCAAGGUUUCAUAGAAGAAGCCCGCGCCGCUCGCAGACAAAUCUACGUAUGGACAGUAGAUGAGCCAAACCUAAUGCGCUGGUCCAUCCAACAUGGGGUAGACGGUGUUGUUUCCAACGAACCGGGUCGUUUCCAUGAAGUCUGCGACGCCUGGGAGAAGGAACAUGCCGACGGACUGAAACCCGCCGCCAAGAAGAUUCGUGUUACUGUUGGACAGCGUAUGCGAAUUCUGGCCAUAGCGCUUUACGUCAAGUGCUUUGGCUGGUACUACCGGCGCAAGUUCUCCAGUCCUCUCGAGCGAGUGGAUUUCGACCAGCGCAAGCUGGGAUAG